AUGCUGAUGGCACUGAAAGGCCGCAGACUCGCGCUGCUGGCCGCCUUCGUCAUCGUCUCGGCUCUUUUGAUAUUCUCACAGUCACUCUACCCCGAGAACCUGAACUGGUCCGACAUUUCAGCUUCCCUCCCCGCCGGAGGCAAAUCCUCGGUGCCAUCAACCAAGGCUAGCAAAACCGCCUCUGCGGGUAUUGGCCGCUUCCACUUCCUCAUCGCCGCCAGCGCUCCCAACCUGCAGUUCUGCCGCGCCCUCGUUUCCUCGACCGUCAAUCGCUUCGGUGCGCCCGUCGUUGCAGGAUGGAACGGCACCGGAGAGAACGACGCUGCUCUCUCCCACUUGGCCAAGAUUCGCGUCGUUACCAAGUAUCUCGAGGAGUUGCCCGAUUCUAGCAACAACGACCUGUUUCUUAUGAUCGACGGCUACGACGUCCUCCUCCAGUUCGGCCCCGAUGUCUUAAUCAACCGAUACUUCGAGGCGUCCGCACGAGAGGACGAGCGCAUCAUGCAACAACUUGGACCCGAAAUGGCCGAGAAACUUGCCGGCCCCCUUGGCCGGCACAUAUUCUUCGGCGCCGACAAGGUUUGCUGGCCCGUCGACUGGCGGCGCCCGGCAUGCUGGGCCGUCCCUCCCGUCCCCAACAUGGACGGCCGAGAGUUCGGCCCCCUAACAAACACGGAGGACAUGGCCUUCAACCACCCAAGAUGGCUCAACAGCGGUACUAUCAUGGGCCCAAUCAAGGAGGUCCGCGAGAUGUUCCGAGCCACCCUCGACCUCAUCAACGAAGUGUACGAUCCCGAGUACGAGUUUAGAGAAAGCGACCAGUUCUACCUGAGCGACGUUUGGGGCCUUCAGGAGCUCGAGCGGAUCCAGAUGCAGAAGGAGGAAAACCCCGAAGCCGUUGUCAUGCAGCCCCCCGAGGACGGUUGGGUUCCCAACCUGGAACCCGCUUACAGCUACAAUUUCCACAUCGCCAUGGACUAUUGGAGUCUGAUGUUCCAGACAUGGGCCGGCUAUGCGGAGUGGGUGGACUGGCGCAAGUUCAUCGGGCCUCUGUACUCGGUCGAGGUCACCCAAAACCACCGCAACAACUCGGACUUCGUCCCCUGGAGCCUGCACAUGCAAGCGGAUGGUAUGAGGUCGUUGAAGCGCAUAUUCAACUCGACGUCGGAUGAGACUAUGGGCGCGACGGUGAACGAGCUGAUCCGGAAGUCCGAGUUCGGUGCCAACAUUGUCACCAAGCAGACGUUCCCUUUGCUGCACGUCACGGGAGAGAAGGGCGCCCUCGAUGCUUUCUGGCCCCGUCUGUGGUUCUUCCCCUACGGGCGGUCGCUGAUUCGAUCUGCCAUCAACUGGUUCCAGGCCGAGGAGCACUACGGGCCCGAACUGAUCGACAACAGGGUCUGGUACCCCGCGCACCCCUACCCAAAGGACAUUAGAGAAAGCGACGGCGGCGCCUGGUCAGACGCCAGCAAUGACAACGCAACUGUUUACUGGUUGGGCUUCGACGAGCUCUGCGCCGAGCACCACAGCAUUCUGUUUGGGGAAGAUUAG